AUGGAUAAAAAAAGAAAAUCAAUCAAAGGAAAUACGGAGUCAUCGGCCGAAGAUCAAUCUCAGACUGUGCAGGUGGACUCUUUAAAAAAUACCAAACCGUCCGGUAAAUUGUGCUUGCAUGUGUCUUGCCAGAGAACAGUUUAUGCUUAUUGCUCUUGUCCUUAAGAAAUCCCGCGCAGAUCUGCACAAAGGACUAGUUCAUGUGCCAAAAAGUUUAGAUUCUUUUAUAUAUAUCGACCAUACAGAAGAAAAUGCAAAUGAUUGUAUUUUGUUUAUUAUGCUUUUAUGAAUACACCAUACAAAUAAACUGACUUACUGUACCAUCAAAUGUACGAAAGUAACACAAUUUGGUGCAAAAGAAAUGUGCACUAUACAGAAGGCGGGCUAAAUAAUGAAAUGUCAGCUAAGAUUCCAAAAUGCGUUUUCGUUUCGAAAAGAUUAAUUAAGUAGGGUUGUAAAACUAGUCAGCCUGCAACAUAAUUAUAUAAUAUUUCAAUUACCUUAAAAUGCCGGCUCUUGAAUGAACUUCCUCCCGGUUGCAUGUAAAAACUACACUCUGUAAAAAUGACCACUUACGGAGCAUGAAUUUUUCUUAGUGAUUUUCGAUGUCCCUAACAGUACAACUAUAUUUAGUAGUAAACAUGCGUGAAUAUAUUUAUUCUUUCGCUCAUUUCGUAGACAAUUGCAUCCUCUUCUAAUGGUAUGCUCGAAAAAGAGCCAUAAUUCGGAUUUUCAAAAGUUUCCAAUUGCGAGACUUUUAAAUACCGUGAAAUGGUCGUUCAUGAAUCGUCACAUCUCCGCAUUUACCAAAAUGACUUGUAAAGUUAACAAUAUGGAUCAGAUCCACUGCUAAAUUUUAUGAACCCUAUAUGAUCUCCCUUGAGUACGGUAGGCAAGUACGGGGUUUUUCUUGCGCGGAAAAUAUACGGCUUGUACUUUGGAAACCCUGAAUCAAAGUGUGACGGUAGAGCGGGUUCAAAAUUACUCGGGAAAUGGAAAACCUUUUUAAACAUCAAUGAUGUCCCUUCUUUGAGCAUACAAUUAGAAGAAGGUGUACUUAUCUACCAUAUGAGCAAAAUAAUAGAUAUAUUAAUGCAUGUUUACUAUGAAAUAUAAUUGCACUUUUAGAGGCAUUGGAAAUCAUUGAGAAAAAUCCAUGCCACGUAAGUAGUCAUUUUUACAAAGUGUAGUUUUUUCAUGCAGCCCGGAGGAGGUUCAUUCAAGAGCCGGCAUCCUAAAGUAAUUGAAAUAUUAUAGAAUUAUGUUGCAGGCUGACUAGUUUUACAACCCUACCUAAUUAAUCUUUUCGAAACGAACACGCAUUUUGGAAUUUCGGUUGACAUUUCAUGGAUUAGCCUACCUAAUGUAUUUUACUCGAAUCACGUAUUACGGCAUGUAGUUAUUGAUAAAGAUGGGCAACAGAUAUUUUUCUUUAUGAGAUAUUGCGUUUGGAAAAGUAUUUAAAAAAGUGAUUUUAACGAUGUAACUGCAGACAUUAUAGUAGUUCCCGUAUAGUAUUAUUUCUGUUAUUUACUGGAUACUUUCACGAAAAUGGCUCACUUUUUACUAUCAUCUACCGUUCAUAUCAGACAAACCAUGGCCUCAAAAUGAGGACUCAGUGCACUACGCAGAGCUUGUCCACGAGCCAACAUACGUGCCAAGGCAGCUACUGAAUCCCCUUGUGAGGAAGUAAGCACUUAUUAGCGUUUUCUAAAUGAUAAUUCAGGAUUUAUUGAAUGCAAGGAUUUUACUAGUUCUGUAAUCUGCCAAUGGGUUCUUGUAAGAUUUCGGACAGUCUUGUUGUUUUCGAUAGAAAGAGCAUGACCUUCCUGGUCAAUCAACCGCUUUAAUUAAUUACAUAUUAGGGUUUUCGACGGUUGGGAGUGUAUUUUAAGUAAUAAUUUCAGCCAGACGUCCCCUAGACUACAAAAGACACAAACGUUUGAUUGUAUUUAACUUAUUGAUGUCUUUGACCAACGUGUUGGAUUUUGAGACGCAGUCUUUUAGGAUUACUUAUGGUUACAUGAAAAUUGAAAAAAUUGUAGUUCGUUUGUUUUUCGGUAUACUAAAUUCAAUAAAUGGUCUUGAGUUGUAAAAUCAUUACCUGAAAAUAAGAAAACAUAUAUUUCAGACGCUUGCCGCUAGAUUUUGGACCUUUUCGAAUUAUUUUUCUGUUGUCUGCAGGUUAAUUACUAUACCUCUGCAAUGGACUCUGCAGUGUUUUGGGCCAUUUUGACUUGGAAAAUAUAGCUGUUGACGUUUGUUACAACGAGAAUAGCUUUUAGACAAUUUCUUCCUUGAUAUUCUACCUAGAUCUACAGUACCGAAAUGAUAACGUUGUUCUGGGUGAAGCAAGCAACUUUCAAAGAUGACAACCUUUUUCCUAUCGUUAAUGUUACCAUUUAGAUCAAAAUUACUGCAUUCUAAAAGACAUUUUUCCGCUGCUUUGCGUAUUGUAUUUACAUUUCUGAAGGCUAAGGGGAUAUCUGUGAUAUACAUUAUUCCACAACCGGUCGAGGUUUUCUUUAAAGGCCACUCGUCCAUUUAACCUAUUAUGUAAAUGUAUAUGAUACCAAUGAUACCUAAAUUUACUGUAUUCUCAGUCGCCUAAACUAAUUGAAUUUGCCGCAAUAGUAAAGUAUUUUCAAUUUUUCGGCAUAAUGAUCGGGACUCACCUAGAUUAGUUCCCUAGAUGUGAUUCACAUCAAGCAUUUCAGGUUCCAAAUUUACACAUUGACUAAUAUUGUCUUUAAUUUGAUUUAAUAAACAGCGGCUUGCUAAGCGAAUUAUAAGCCAGCACUAUUUGUGGCGGCUAUUCGUGGAUAUACAUAGCAAAGCUUUUGCACACAUCCAAUUUCAUGUUUGCUUUAUGUUGAAGAUAAAAUAAACGCAUUUUAAGUAUACCGUGAGCUAUAUCUGACGCCUAAAUUUGCUUCAGGUAUCUAGUUUAUUAAAUAUCACUAAAAGUCAACUUGAUAAACUUUAGGCUUCCUCUUUAUAGGCAGUCCUAGAGACGUCUAUAUUGAAGAGCUAGAUGCGUUGUUCCAUAAUUAACUUUCAUUUUAAUGUGUCUAAAACCGCCUGUAGCAUUAUCAAACCGAUAGCAUAACCCCUCUUUUAGAUUUCAAACAUUUUUUAAGUUGUUUGAUGCAAUUAAAUGUUCGAGUUCAUAGCUAUUUAUCAUGGCAAAACGCAGAUCAGUUUCGUGUAAAAUCAGAACAUCCAUUUAUAAAGAUGGCCAAAUUUGGUGUUUGUUUUGUUUGAUUCAUAGUGUUUUAUUUUCAAAGGUUUUUAAUCUCGUAUUUAUCAAGUCGUAGUUGCUCACGUACCGUGACAGUUAGCGAUAAGUUAUCAAGACAGUUUUACAGAGGUUGCUUACUAAAAGUGGUCUAUUAAAUCUAGGCUUUUCCAAUGAAACGUCCUCAUAUCUGACGCGGUAUAUAAAAGUUACUUUCCACAUAAAUCUUCAACCUCCGAAGCCUGGCCUGUGAACUAAACCGAAUCUUGCCCACGAAAAAAAUCAUAAAAUAGAAUUAGCUCCGUUUUGCGAAGAUUUCGUAGAAAGGUACUUUCUUAGCAAAUGGUUUUCCGUCAGUUUCUUUCGUUUGGAUGUCAAUCAUGCAAAGAGACAAUAUUUUUUGGCGAAGUGCUGACUAGCCGCCCCGCUCAAAUUAUCAAGUUCGCCUAAGAAGAAUUUCGAAAAUGCAAAUUGGCAUGAAAUAGCGGCCUAGAAAUCAUAAGUGGGAAUGUUGCGACUAAUCUAGUAAACUUCUGUGAAGUAUCAUUUGGAGCCUCGUUAACAGGCGAGAUGCCUUACGAUUUUGCAUGAUGACUUACAGAAACGUUUUCCGACACUUUAUUUCUAAACGUCUAAUUAAAAACAGUUAGGCAGUUGGAGUCUGAAGUCUGGUGAAAUAUAAAAUAUGCAGAAAUAGCCUGUCUUCACUGCAUCAGAGAGCAGAACGUUUUCUAACUCCUGAAAGGUUGCUAGGAAGCAUUUUGAUUAAAAAUUGCGGAGGUAGUUCGGUGUUUUCAAUCUACUUUGCUCUUAUACUCAAAAACGUUCAGUCAUAUCCCUCUGGUUUAGCAAAAGAGAAAUUACGUUGCAGCCUUUUCAAUUCCUUGGAUCCUACCUACAUUUGCAUAAUGAAAAUCAAAAACAACGUAAACUGAGCGUUUAUACUGGCAAAUUUCUUGCCUCUGUCCACAUUGUCAUCGGGUUUACAUGCUUAAAAAUAUGUCCUAUUUAGGCUGUUCUCGAGAUUUUGCAAUUUUUCGUGCACUUUAUUGCAAAAUUUGACGCUCUCAGUACCCCAUAUGUAGGGUUAUUGAUUUCUCAACAAGUGCGCAUCUUGCGUCCAACGUUUUUUCCCUACUUACUCCUCCCCUCGUUUUGUGCUCCUCUAAAACGCAGUUCUAUCGGCCAACGAAGUGCCAGCAGCAGUCCCAAGCUCUACGUGCCCCUCAAACCUGCCGAUCGGCUCUAUUUGCGGUGUACCAUCCUGGGUCAUCCCGUAUUGGCUAUCGUAAACACCUCCUGCAGUCGGACUCUUAUGAGUCUGGCAUGUGCUCGAAGAUGUAACCUGGAGGACUCAAUUGACAGGAGUUUAAAGGCUUCACUACGAGGCUCUGAAGACGAGUACGCUCUGGGACAGAUACAUGCCUGCAAUUUAAACAUUCGACAAACUCUUUUAAGUGUAAGUUUUCCACCAUAAGCCUUAACAUGCCAAUGUCGUGGUAAUGAUAAUAAUAAUAAUAAUAAUAAUAAUAAUAAUAAUGACGACGACGACGACGACGACCAUCACAAUCUUGCACGAGUGCCGAAAUCCAUGUGAAUUGGACCGUUCUGCACCACAUUUGUCAUAAUCUUCCCCCUUACAUAUCUCUCACGUCCUAAUGGCAGGACUUUGAAUAGGAACUUUGGCGUCUCAGCCUACCAGCCGUUGGUGACCAUAAAGGCCACGCAAUCCAAAUGUAACAACGGCUAACUGGCGCAUCACGUCCACCACUCUCAAGAAUGGUCAAUUGUUCCUCACUUACACAGUAUGUGCCAAACUCAUUAUUCCUAUACCCACUUCAUUCCGAUUAUAGUUCUGAGGAAUUACCGAUUGACACGGACGCAGUGGCAUACAGUAGAUGUGCUAACUCAUGAAAUGUCAACCAAAAUUUCGAAAUGCGUUCUCGUUUCGAAAAAGAUAAAUUAAGUAGUGCUGUAAAACUAAUUAUGAUGCAGCAUAAAUCUAUAAUGAUUCAGUUACCUCAGGGUGUCGGCUUUCGAAAGAACUUAUUUUCGGCUGCAUGCAAGAUCUAUACUCUGCAAAAAAUGACUACUUAUUUAGCAUGCAAUUUUCUCAUUGAUUUUCGAUGCCCUUGAAAAUUCAAUUAUAUUUCAUGGAAAACAGGCAUAAAAAUAUUCAUUCUUUCACUUAUUCGGUAGAAAAUCACGUCUUCUUCCAAUUUCAUACUCAAAAGAAGAGUAUACUUCGGUUUUAAAAAACGUUUCUAAUUCCCGAAUAAUUUUGAACCCGACCCGCUGUUACACUUGCAUUCAGGGUUUCAAAACUGCAAGGUGUGUAUUUUCCGUGUACGGAAAACCAUGCAUUUUUCUACGGUGUUAAGAUGAGACCAUAUGAGGUUCAUAAAAUUAAGCAAUGGAUUUGAGCAAUAUUGUUAACUUUACAAGCCACAUUCGUAAAUGCAGAUACAUGACGUUUCAUGAACGGCCAUUUAAAGGUAUUAAAAAAUCUCACAAUUAGAAAAGUUUUUUAAAACCGAAUUAUACUCUUCUUUUCUUUUUUGGUCACUAUUUGUACGUAUAUGGUCAAGUAGGCUCAUGUAUUGUGCGAAUGUGUGUGUGUGUGCACUGACGCACGGGAAAUCUGGGCAGUGCCGCUUCAGCGGUCACUGUCAUAAAUGCGCAUAUGAAUACUGUGACUUACGCGUACGUUGGAAACGUGGGCAGAUAAGCCGGACGUGACGUCUGUCGGUUAGGCCUCCUGGAACGAGUUCUCAAGAGACGGCAGGAUAAGCUAACAGGUGGUCGAUCGGAUAGAUAUGGGAUUUGGAUGAGUGUUUACAAAUUGGAUAUGUCUCUACCAUGCCGCGUUGCUGAUAGUUGUUGCCUAUGAUCUGGCGUGGUUCCAGUUGCCCUGACCACGAUUGUGUCUGCGUGGGGGAAGGUGGGACCGGAUUUUAACUUUAUCGGCUGAAAAGGUGAAGGGUGCAUCAAAUACAGGUGACCUUUCCAUGAUCGCAUUUGAAAAGCCCGAGGCGUGUUUCUCGUCGUUUUGGACUACAGGGGUUUAGCCUUAUUGGGGGGACUCCAGAGGGGAUCAUACUGGUGAAUGUGGACCAGUAAUAAUGACUUAGAAUUGAUAACAGUUUGGGCCCUAAGCGUCAGUUGACGGUGUUACCAUUUUGACAGGAUCUGGCCAUUAGCGCCAAUGGUUCACCAUAUUACCCUCUAUCAUGCAUGCUGCUUCGUCUUGGCCUCUCAUAUUCGAUUACUCCUGUGAAUCAGUUAUUACCGAAGGCAGACCAUGUGCUGUCAGCUUGACGCUCUUUCCACCCUUCCACAAUAAAACUUCAGAAUGGUUGGGACAUGCUGAAAGAGAGACUAAUAACAGACAAGGUAAACAAGUAAACAACCUUUCCCAACCGUAUAAGAGUCUCCACUGGCGUUAAUUGGGCUUUAUCCCACCAAUACAGACAUUUUGCCCACUUCGGGUAUGAUCCUGGUUCCCACAACGGGUUCCGCUGCAGAUGCUUAAGCUAGACCGGAUCACGGCAGGCAUUAACUGGGUUGUGCUUAGUCCACGCGAGCCUAUAACUACUGUCAUACGUGCGAGUCUGACUUGUGUAGUUACAAGGACAGUUUUGGCCCGGAAUGCAAUACACUGCUCCAGAUUGUUCCUUGGAAUUGAAUCGGUCCUUAAUUUUCAUGGCCUUGCUGCUCACGGUGGCUUUGGGCUAGUGUGCAAUUCCAACACCUAGUUCCGCAGCAAUGCGAUCGGCCGCUUCUGAAACGUCCUUAAUAUAUGGCAGAGAAUGUCAUACCCUUGAUGAGGCUGCCGUUUGGCUCCUCUAGGGAACUAACAGGUAGGCAACGGCUUAUAAAUGCCUUUGGAUAGCUAUCCUGCAUAAACAGGUCGCGGAGAUAGUGAGCUUCACGUGUUCUGUCCUCCGACUUGCUGUAAUGAGUUUGGAUCCGUUUGAAGAGCGUCUUCAGUUUGUGCAAAAUGGCUGUCCGAGGGCAUUCAUAAAUUGCUGCCUACGCGGUCGCCACCAGAGUACUUGAAAACCGACACCACCGCCGAUAUGACAUUCUCUGCCAUACAUCAAGGACGUUUCAGAAGCGACCGAGCGCAUUGCCGCGGAGCUAAGUGUUGGAAUUGCACACCGCCUUAAAGCCACCAUGCGCAAUAGGGUCAUGAAAAUUAAAGACCGGUUUAAUCCUGGAGAGCAAUCUGGCGUGGUAUAUCGUAUUCCGUGUCAAAAUUGUCUUUGUAACGACACAGGGCAGACUGGGCGCAUGCUCGGAUCACGCAUACACGAACAUAAGCUGGCUGUGCGACGAGGCGACGCAUUAUCACAAGUGGCCGCCCACCCCCACGAAAUGGGUCACGAAUUUAACUUCACAGCCGCCACGCCGUCCACGCCGGAAACAAAACAGGCCGAGAAUUUAUUAAAGCCUGAGCCUCGGAUGAGAAUUCGGUCAAUCGGUUUAUCGAUCCGGCACCGGCGUACAGAGCCCUGCGAAGUCACCUCCAGUCUUGCGCCGUCGGUCGAUGAUUGACCUACAUGGCCUAUAACUGUCGCUUGUUCGGUUGCCGCUACUACCUUUGACUAUGGACUCCUGCACGAGUCUGAAAGCUCAGGACAAUAAAUGAAGUGUUCCGGUGCUCGACCCUUCUUCUUCGCUUAGACUUAUAUCAGACAAGGUAAACGAGGAAACAACCUUUCCCAACCGUAUAAGAGUCUCCAUUGUUGCUAAGUACAAACAUUUUGUCCAAUUUGGGUAUGAUCCUGGUUCCCCAGAACGGGUUCCGCUGCAGAUGCUUGGGCUAGACUGGGUGACGGCACGCAAUUACUAGGCUGUGCUGAGUCCACGCGAGCCUAUAACUACCGCCAUACGUAGUAGUGGCGGCACUGCGUCCGAUUCCAUCACCACCUAGUUGACAAGCUCAGGCCGUUGAUGUGUGAAUGGAAGAAGCACGAGGAAGUGAGGUCAGCACUGUGGAAGGCAUCAGUGCAUUCCUCACUGCAACAAACCUGAGGGCCUUGAAUCUGUUAUAAUGUCUUGCGAAUGACGAAAAGCCCGAUCUCUCUCAUGACUGAGAGUCCGGCCCCAAUGACUCCUUCUCAGUGUGGCCUUGGUGACACCCGCGCAUAUUACAGUGCGUGACCGAUCUCAUGAAAUGUUGGCCGAAAUUGUAAAAUGUGUUUUCUAUUGGAAAGGAUUACUUAGGUGGGGUUGUAAUAUUGAUUAGCGUGCAGCGUAAUCCUAUCGCAUUCUGGAUUCACCAGGAUGUCGGCUUUGGGUGCACCCCUUUUUGACCGCAUGCAGAAACUGAGCUCUGUAAUAAAUGACUACUUAGGUCGUAUGCAUUUUUUGUAUUGAUUUUCGAUGGUCUUAUAAAUUCAAAUAUAUUUUAUAGAAAACGUGCACAAAACUAGGCCUUCUUUUACUCGUUCGGUAGAAAAUCACAUUGUCUUUAUAUUUUGUAACAGGAGAAAUUGUAUAUUUAGGCCGUCAAAAAGUUUUCCAAAUCCCGAAUAAUUUUGAGCCAGAUCUGCCAUUGCAUUAGCGUUUAGGGACAUCAGUUUACAAGGUGCAUGUUUUCCGCGUAAGGGAAGUCAUAUAUUCCUAUAUGCAUUAAAAAAGAUAUCAUAUAGAGUUCAUAAGACUUUACAAUGCGUCCGGAAUGUGUUGUAAACCGGUGCACCGGUAAACAGGCAUGUGCGGUCCUGCACGCAAGGACAUCGCGCGGGCUUAAAAAUCCCAUAAUUAGAAACUUUUUGAAGACCUAAAUAUACACUUUUUUCUGUUAAAAGUAUAAAGGCAAUGUGAUUUUCUACCGAACGAGUAAAAGAAGGCAUAUUUUGUGCACGUUUUCUAUAAAACAUAUUUCAAUUUAUAAGACCAUCGGAAAUCAAUACGAAAAAUUCAUUCGACUUAAGUAGUCAUUUCUUACAGACCUCGGUUUCUGCACGCGAUGGAAAAGAGGUGCAUUCAAAAGCCGAAGUAAUAUGAGAUUAUGCUGUAUGGUAAUCAAUAUUACAACCCCACCUAAGUAAUCCUUCCUAAUCGAAAACGCUUUCCACGAUUUCGGCCAACAUUUCACGAGAUUGGUCACUCACUGUAGAUUCGAGCCGAGUCCACGAAGGUGGAGGCCAGGUUGUGUGUAGUACGCGUAGACCGACUGUUUAACUUUUUCAGCAACUGCGCACGCGCCCAUCUCCAAUCGUAUUGGCAUUGCGAAUGGGUGGAGAGUGUGCGGUAGGUGCGACGGAAGUCCGCACAACUACAGUGAGUGACCGAUCUCAUGAAAUGUUGGCUGAAAUUCUGAAAUGUGUUUUCGAUUAAGGAGGAUUGCUUAGGCGCGGCUGCAAAACCGAUUAUCUUGCGGCAUAACCCUAUAAUACUUCGGACUCGGCAGAAUAUCAGCUUUUGAAUACACUGUUUUUGAAAAUCUUAUAGGAACGACUACUGAAGUAGCGUGCACUUUUCCCAUUGAUUUUCGAGGGGCUUGCGUAUUAAAAAAUAUUUUAUAGAAACUAUGAACAAAAAUAUGCUUUCUUUCAGUCGUUUGGUAGAGAAUCAUGUCAUCUUUACCUUUGAUACUCAAAGAAGGGGUAUAAUUAGGUUUUAGAAGGGUUUUCUAAUUCCCGAAUAAUUUGGAGCCUGAUCAAUCAUUGCAUUACCGCUCAGUGAUUUCAGUCUACAGGGUGCAUGCGUUUUGCGCAAAGAAAAUCAUAUAUACGUCUAUGCCUUUAAUGAAAUAUCAUAUAAAGUCCAUAAGAUUUUGCAAUGAUUAAGGAAUAUGUUGUACAUUUCGAGAGGAGCAAUGGUAAACGUUCAGGUACGACGCUGCAUGAGUGGACAUUGCACGACCUAAAAAUGCAUAUUUAGAAACUUUUUAAAGACCUGAUUAUACUUCUUCGAGUAUAAAAUAUAAAGACGACGCGUUUCUCUAUCAAACGACUGAAAGAAAGCAUAUUGCUGUUCGCGAUAUAUUUAAAUUUGCAAGACUAUUGAAAAUCAAUGUGAAAAAUGUAUGUCAAAUAAGUAGUCGAUUUUUCCCAAGUAUGUUUCCUACAGAAGAUUGAUAAGCAGACCAUUCAAAAGCUGGCAUCCUUCCGAGUCCGAAGUAUUAUAGGGUUAGGCCGCACGAUAAUCGGUUUUGCAGUCGCGCCUAAGUAAUCCUUCCUAAUUAAAACACGUUUCAGAAUUUUAGCCAACAUUUCAUGACAUCGGUCACUCACUGUACGCACUGAUUCCCACUGAUGGUGCGUCCACUUCGUGUCACACACGGUGAACAUCGUCAUCGGCUAUAACGCAAGGGUGCGUCGCAUGGCCACAUGUUAAGUGUGCAUCCCUCAUUGUCUGAUUUACAGUGCGUGACCGAUCUCAUAAAAUGUUGACCGAAAUUCUGAAAUGCCUUUUCGAUCAGGAAGGAUUACUUAGGUAGAUUUGCAAUACUGAUUAUCUUGCGGCAUAAUCUCAUAACAAAUUAGACUCAGCAGGAUGUCUACUUUUGAAUGCCCUUCUUUUUCACCUCCUGUAGAAGCCGUACUCGGUAAAGAGUGACUGCUUAUAUAGAGUACAUUUUUCCCAUUGAUUUUCGAUGGUCAUAAAAUCUUAAUCUAUUUUAUAGAAACCCCGAACAAAAAUAUACUCUCCUUCAGUCGUUUGAUAGGGAAUCACGUCAUCUUUAUAUUUUAUACUCGAAGAAGGAAUAUAAUUAGGUUCUAAACAAGUUUUCUAAUUUCCGAAUACUUUGGAGCCUGAUCCGUCGUUGCAUCAGCGCUUAGUGAUUUCAGUGUACAAGAUGCAUGCGUUCGGUGUAAGGAAAAUCACAUAGUUACUACCUAGUACGUUUUCUUUGAAACAACAAAAGGUUCAGUCUGACAAUGUCAACUUGUCUAAAACCACCUUCCCACGUCCGAACGUGUGGAGUAAGAACAAUGGGAGAGUGCAUUGCGGAUAAGGCUAAGAUGCAACGGUAGUGUGAGGGACCCCACUUAAUUGUCGGGGAACUGUGAAUCGUGUCAAAUGGAUUUUAUCUUGACAUCCAUUUGACAUUAAACUGCCAACAACAAUCACUUCUCAUGACUUCAAACCACUACCCAUACCCCACUUUUUUGCAUUAGAUCUUGUUUGUUUUUUGAUUCACGCGCUCACUUCCGUUGCCACACGAAAGCGCACGGCAGAAAUCCAAACAAUUUCCGUGUUUUUUUGCAUUUCGUCAGCUUAUUGUCUGGCGUGCCGCCACACCAGUAAAACCCCCCAUUACCACUAUUUGCGUAUGACACGAUCCACAGUCUACCAACAGUUAUGUGGGAUUCUUGAGUCUACCGUUGCCGGACAAGCUUUGUUUAAACUUUACAACCGCUAAUUAUUUAAAUAUUGGUAUCGCUAUUCCCAUGCCGCCAAUGCUGUCUUUGAUGUACAUUUUCUGUGCCGUUUGGCAAACAGAAAAGAGCCCCAUAACCAGCUCCAAGUAAAGUUAGGCAUGGUUAAAAGUUGCCGUGGACAGUGGCAAGUGCUUAAAGGGUGUAAGAACAUACGUGGAUUUUGCGUUCUGGUCGUAAAGUGUCCCCUAGGUAAGUUUUACCGAAAGUAUGUUCCUUUGGUCUCAGUUUUGUCCCGAAUGAAAUUUGGUCAGAGUCAAGGCACAUUGAUGUCCCUCGAUCGUGGGUGGUCGCGUUCCAGAAGCCCACUAAAACGUUGGCGGAUUAAGAACUAUACAUUUCAUAGCUAAUUUACGUAUUCUAAGUCAUUAUCAACCUCCUACCUUUCUAUAAAUAUUUAUUGCACAAAUAUGCAGCAUAAACCAUUUAAAUUUGUUCAAUAUAUGUACAGUGCGUGGCCGAUCUGAUGAAGUCUUGGCCGAAAUUCUAAAAUGUGUUUUCGAUUAGGGAAGAUUACUUAAGUGGGGUUGUAAUGCUGCUUAAGUAACAAAAUCCCAUAGUAUUUCGGGCUCGCCAGGAUGUCGGUUUUUGGAUGCAGUUCUUUUCAAUCUCAUAUAGAAGUUAACCCGGUGAAAAAUGACUGCAUAAGUAGCAUGUAUUUUUCGCAUUGAUUUUCGAUGGCCUUGCAAAUUCAAAUAUUUGUUAUAUUUAAAACCUAAAUAUACGCUUCCUCCGGGUAUAAAAUAUAAACACAGUGUUAUUUUCUGCCAAACAAGUAGGAGAAAGCAUAUGUUUGUGUGUGUUUUCCAUCAAAAUAUUUGAAUUUACAGGACUAUUGAAAAUCAAUGUUAAAAAUACCUCCUACUUUUGUGUCAUUUUUUACCGAGUGCGGCCUCUAUAGGAUGUCGACAAGAAGUGCAUUCAAAAGCCGACAUCCUGGCGAGUCCUAAAUAUUAUAGGAUUUUGUCGCUUGAUAAGUAACAUUACAACUUCACCCAAGUAAUCCUUCCUAAUCUAGAACGCAUUUCAGAAUUUCGGCCAUUUCAUCAGAUCGGUCACGCGCUGUAUGUGGACACACGUCGUUCUCAGAAAUCCGGGAACUAGCGAAAAAUCCGCGACAUAUAUUUAGAUACGUUUGCACAUAUAGCCCGUGAUUAAGUGUUUCGCGACAAUUUAUGCGCAGCAUAGCGAGAGAUUGCCAUGCACCGAAAAUAUACUGAUGCCAAGACACAUUACCCACAAAUUUGAAGUUUUCGUUGAUGGUAUUGCUACCAAUUCAUGCGAUAAACAGUCGUUUGACUUAACAUACAGAAUACUUGUUCAAUCGACGUUUUUCGCGGGCGACAAACGCAGCUGCCAAACUUGAAUUUAAUUCAUUUCCACCACAACCAUUUCAAGGUCAUUCAUCGAAGCAGUGUUUUGGUGUUAUUUCCUUUUUAUGUUUUUCUUAGUCUUAUCAGAUUCCCUUUGCCUGAUCGAUUUUUGAAACCCAUCUGUCAAAGAUAUGAGCGUAUAUGUCAGAUGACCGUGAAAUAGGUUGGGAGGAAUAAAGUAAAACACUAGUUUCCAGAUUUUCAGUUCAAGCUCGGAGCAAAAACAUUGAUUGUUAAACUAUGUAGCAUAAGGUGCUAUGCACCAAAACGCUGUUAAAGAUCUUCAUAGCUAAGGCAGGAGUCAUUUGAGUAUGUAACAAGCUGAUGGAACAAGACCCACCUUAUAGGGUAGGGGGUUGAAAGCACAUCCGCGUCAAAAGUGUGCGGUUUUGUCGCUAAAUCAAACCUUUUGGCAAACAAAAGGUAUUUUGUCAGACACAUUAGUAUAGAAGGCAGUGCAAAAUGUAGCGUAAAAGACGGCAUAAAAAUUAACGGCACACAAAGAGCAGUGUAUGAGGAUUCGUCUUAGCUUUUUUACCUCGGUCUCCUAACAGGUCAAAGACGUACUCACGAUCCGUUCGAGACACGCUAGUGCUAUGAUAGGCGCACAGUGCGUGAACGAUAUCAUGAAAUUUUGGCCGAAAAUCUGGAAUGCGUUUUCGAUUAAGAAGGAUUUUUAUAUGCGGUUAUAAGAGUGAUUAUCAUGCGGCAUAAUACUAUAGUAUUUCGGACUUGCUAGGAUGUCGAUGGUCUUAUAAAUAGAAAUAUAUUUUAUAGAAAAUAUGCAUAAAUGUAUGCUUUCGUUCACUCUUUUAAUGGACGAUCAUGCCAUCUUCAUAGUUUAUACUCGAAGAAGGAGCAUAAUUAGGUUCUGGAAAGUUUCUGAUUAUGGGAUUUUUCACGACCGUUCAAUGUUCGUUCAUACAGCAUCGUACCUGCCUGUUUACCACUGCUUCUCGUGAGAUGUACAACGUAGUCUGCAUCAAUUGCAAAAUUCCAUGAACUCUUUAGGAUAUAUUUUUAAAGACAUAGAGGAAUAUAUGAUUUUCCUUAGGCAGAAAGCAUACAUCUUUUAGACUGAAAUCGCUGAGCACUAAUGCUGCGGCUGACCAGGCUCAAGAUUAUUCGGGAAUUGAGAAACGUUUUUCAAAACCUACUUAUACUCCUUCUUUGAGUAUAAAAUAGGAAGAUGGCAUGAAACUCUAUCAAAAGAGUGAAAGAAAGCAUACUUUUGUGCAUGUUUUCUAAAAACUGUAUUUCAGAUUAGUAGACCAUAUAAAAUAAAUGUGAAAAAUGCAUGUUACUUAAGUAGUCAUUUUUUUACCGGGUGCGGUUUUUACAUGAGGUCAAAAAGAAGUCAUUUAAAAGCCGACAUCCUAACAAGUCCGAAACACUAUAGGAGUAUGCGACAUAAUAAUCAAUCUUACAAUCCGCACCCAAAUAAUCCCUCAGAAUCGAAAACGUAUUUCAGAAUUACGGCCAACAUCUCAUGAGCUCGGUUAUUCAUUGUAUUUCGGCUCGAACGCAGCAGCCUAGCUGAAGGCGGCACAUGUGUCGCUGUGGCAAAACAUUAAUCGGCAAAGGUCCCAACGACUGGGAAAUUUGAUCAGCAGCUGAAGAAGAAGAAGAAGAAAAAGAGUAAGACCGGCAGCAGAAAACAGCGUGAUUAAGAUGAGGACGCAGUAACUGACACGAGUCACUGAUAUGGUUUCGGUGCUUGCAUAAAAAAGAAAAAAGCUCAACUUAUCGUUCUUGGAAAUGAGAACUUUCGACUAUGCAAACGACUCUCCAAAUAGUACGACGAUCCGUAUGAGGACAAUCUCCAAAUUAUGUGGAAAAUUAUAGACCGUCCUGAUAUAUAUCAGUUAAUUCCUUUAGUUAAUUAAUCCGGACAAUCCAUAAAAUAGUCAAGAACAGAGAAAGCAUCUGUGAAUGUCGGGAGUGUUGAGCAGGUAAAGUUUCCAAUUAAGGGACAUUAUUUUGGUUCGACAAAUACAAAUUUGCAGUCAAAGGGCAAGCCUUAAUCACUCAUUCCUGCGCCUUAUACAAAGACCCGUUUAAGGCUGAUUUAAAGUCCAAGUGUUGUGUAUAGGAUAUUGUUCUGCACAGGAUGGUUUAGGUACUACCUAACAGUCCUCCCUUCCACGCUUUUGAAGAUAUCACCCAUGGUCGUGUCUGACAGCACUCACGACCUCGUCCUGGGCCUCAAUACCUUGCGGGAGCAUCAGUGCUGUGUGGAUCUUGCGAACAAUCAGCUCGUCAUUGGGAAUUCAACAAGAGUGGAUUUUAUGGGCACACCUGAGCCACCGCCCGUGAAACCGAAGCCCUACCGCGCAAAUCCUCUGCCAGACUUCUCUGUGAGUGUCAUUUUGGUGCCAAUUCUGUACUUGCGUUAGUUUGUCAAAAAAGAAACCCAGAAUGUUUUUAACUCCUCCUGCUGUGUCUAGCAACGCUUCUCAGAUUAUGGCAGGAACCUGUGCAUAUUUUCUUUUCUAUCUAAGCCACAAGAGUGCAAAUAAUGCUUCGAUUUUGCAUAAUUUACGUCUGGAUUAAACGCCAUCACCAUCAUCGUCAUCAUCAUUUAUUCACAGAAGAAGGCCAUUCCUCGUCCCCGGAUCCAACCAGCCACUGCCGUCGCAGCUGAUGAGGCGUCUUGCGACUCCAACCGGCUGCGCCAGCCGCAAUACCCCAACUAUAUCGUAAACAUUAAAUUUACUACUUUUAUUGCUGACUUAGCUGGGAGGGGGUGCAGGAUCUUAAACUAUCGGCUUUUCAGCCGUAGGUGUUGAGUUCGAUCUUGAGGGCAUCGGGGCGUUAAAAAGUUUUCUUCAAUACGAGGAUUUUCAAAGUUUUUUCACCUCUUUGGUGUUAUUUUGCCUGCGUUACCAAUUACCGGAGCAUGGUUUAGCGACUGGUCUUAGAAUUUCAUUCGGGACGUUUACUAGUUCUUCUGCUCCCAAUCAAAGCCACUAGGGAAAAUUACCGGCUCACAUUCCACUGAAACCCAAAAAGCAGAUCUUUCCCUAAUCUUUUAACACUGCCACCAGACUUUGCUCUGCUUUUAGGUGUUUCUAACCUCGCUUAGUAUGAAGUAGUGUCUCCACCUGACUGCUGGGUCGUACGGAAAAGUCAAAAAAGACAUGCAGUAUUUAUUCGUCAAAUUAAUUAGCUUAGAGUAGCCUCAUGUCAUUUUUCAAUUUCAUAGCCUAUCUUUCGCCCUCAGUCCAAUUUCUGCGGAUGAGUCUCACAUUGUUCUCGGUAGCUGACCAAAAUAGUCGUCUUAUUCUAAUCUGGGGAUGGGGUAUAACAGAUUAACUACAGAAAAUGUGUCCGAACUAACCAUCUCAGUCGAUCUUGUUCCCAUCAAUAUUGCCACUCAAUCAGUUAUCUGCUCAUCAAUAUCUUCUCAGUCGUAUUUAUGCUCGAACAUAAAUUAUCUGAACAGUUGUGCCGGGACUUUAUUGUAGCUUCUUCGUGUAUUUUGAGUGGCAUUCGUUUAUCUGGCGAAGGCAUGGCAAAUAGCAAAUUGCUUACAAAGUUAACGCGUCAUGUGUCCGGGCGAAUGUAGGCAGGCGAUAAAGUAUCGCAUGAAACCUACUCAAAGUACAAAUAUACUUGACCUGUGCACGUUUUCUCGACUGCCAACGUUACGUGUAUCAUAACUAAUUCUGCCGUGCUGGGCUCAAACCCUCAUAAAAAAGUGAAUUUUAAAUCAACAGUUGGGAAGAGAAAGGCGCCUCGGCGUGGAACUGUUCCGGUUUCCACUCCAUCCUGUUUUUGAUUUUUGAAAUUGUCACAGGAUGUCUUGAUAAAUAUCUGAAGCCGAACAGUAUGGAGAAGGACCCGAUUUAACUGACGGCGUUUGUGGAUCGUGUCAUAUGUGAUUGGCGAUAAGGGGAGUUUUACGGGUGUGGUAGCGCACUAGACGAAAUAUAGGAAACCACAGAAACUGUUUGGAUUUCUCCUGAAAGACUCAUCGUACGCUUUCGUACUACAACGGAAAUGAGCACGAUAAUUAAAAAUAAACAGGAAGGAAAUUUUUAAAAAUAAUGGAGUUUAAGUGAUGGUUUGAAGUCAUGGGAAGUGAUUGUUACUGGCAGUGUAAUUUCUACAAAGGCCGGCGAAUGGAUGCCGAGAUAAAAGCCCCUAUGACGUGAUCUGCCGUCAGUUAAGUGAGGUCCUUCUCCAUACCAUUAUCCCGAACUCAUUGGCGUUGAAAUGAAGACAUUUAACUUCUGGCCGGCUUCUGAUUCUAUUGGGUAGAAACUGGCCUUCAGAGGUCAAAGCACUCAGUCUUGUGCAUCCUUUUUCUAGAAAACUCGGGAGUUUACAGUUCAGAAAAGGCUUUACACAAAACGAACUUCUUAAAUAAGGCUUAACUCUAAAGACUUCUCAAUCGAAGGUCUCGAAAGUCGUUUUAUUAGCUAGAUUUGUAAGAGAAAUGCAGGAAAAUUGUGUUUGGUCGCUUUUGCCGUUGAGAGGAUUACUAAAUACAGUUUGAGUACCUGAGGCUGUAGAGUCGUCGUAGGGAUUUUAGUAAAUAAAUUCUCUUCGAGAAAUCGUUUUCGGAACUCCCUGCGUUAACGCGGAAUGCCAGCUCUUCAUCGCCGUUUUUGGACAUUUCCUUACGAAGUCCGGCACCAGCAUCUUUCAAUCCCACAAUUUCAAGUAAAUGUGACUAUACAUAACUUCUGUUAUGGUAAUAGUCUGAGCGCAAUUAUUAAACACAGCAGACAACAAUCUUAUCAUUUUUGCAAUUUAACAAGUACCUUUUGCUAUGAAAGUGCAGCGGCCAACUUCAAGGCUUCCAAAAUGGAUGACAUCAGCAAGGCUAACUCUGCAAUAUCUCUUCCUGAUGUAAUGAAAUUCAUCUGAUGAGAUAACGCAUAAUGGUCGCAGGCAGGCUUUCUCACAAUUCUUAGGACCUGUUGGUUAGAAGUCCCAAUCGCAACCAACAGGAAAUCGGGCCCUUGACUUAGUGGUUAGGAGCGUUGGACUUUUCACACAUCGGGGUUGGGUAUGGCUGGCUGACGACGACCAGCAAGCCAGAAAUGGCCAUUUCGGACCCCCUGCCUUUGUUGGUAAUGUUACUCCGCUUUCACAUGUAUAUAUCAAGAGGUGUUGUCAUCGGUCCAAGGUAAGAAAAAGAAAAUAUCGCAAAUUACAAACAUGAUCCAUCUUUGUGUCUCCAUGAAUUCCUUCAAUGUUGCUUGCCAGAGAAAUAAAGAUCUUAGUUCGACAUUCAGGCAGCUAGUUGGGUAAAAAUUAUAUAGAACAUAGUCACAACUAAAACCUCUUGUCAAUAACCUUAAAAAGAUAAAAAAAUAAGUUGCAUGUGGUUAUGUAACCCCACCUGGAGUAAGCAAACCCCAGUCCCUUCUUCUACGGGACCGGUUGUGAUAGGGCUUUUUACCGGUGGAGGCGAGGAAUGCACAGGCGGCGAGGUCAGGUAGCUACAUGCAAGAGGAAAGCUAUUGGGAAUGCGCUGUUGUACUUUGCACGGUUUAAAUAAAGUUGCAGUAACCUCUAACCCUAAAUUCUAGCUACAACCCCUAAUCCUAAACCCUCACCCCUAAAAAUAACAUUAAUCCUAAACUCUAACUCCAACCCUUAACCCCAACCCCAACAAUAUGGUGUCCAUCAGGUGGGGCUACCAAACCACAUCUUACCACAAGAUAUUCUGAAUAGAACUUAUUCGCCGAAACGAAUGCUUAUGUAUUCUGGAAGCACCUAGAUGCUUGUGUAGCCUUGGUUAUUUAUUUGACGGUUAUAUCUGAUUACCGGCAAGUCUAAGCAUUGCCCCGUCUCGAACGAUUUCCCAUUCCAUAUAGGAUUGUGUCGCUUCACUACAUGAUCACGGAUUAACGAUCGAGGCUGUUCAGUCACUGAAAGCUAGUUUUGCGCUGCGACCAGGCAAGCCAAUAUCCAACGCGGAAACUUAGUCGACUCUUGCAGGUCUCAAGUUUUCGCUUGGUCAUUUCAGACUAAACGGGAAAAUAUCAUGCGUUACUGGCUUUCAGCUGAGCGUGGCCUACCAAUCAGUAUUCAUCUACUUCAGGCCGCUUGUUGGCUGGAUGUGAAUAUUAUACUGUUAGUCCACUGAUCCUAUCGGAUUCCAGCAAAACUUUCCGACCGAACCCGACAGGGUCCCUGUGGAGGAAUGUGCCCCACGCAAAUGCAUUUAUUUGUCGCAGACGAGAAUAUGGACGCUCUUGUAUUAUGCUCGUUCCAGCCCUUAAUUACAGGGGGUUCUGUUCGGCGUUAGGACUAGUUUUAGGCUUAGGAUCAGAGUUAGGAGCGUCGGGUUACGUCUAGAAGGGUUAUAAUGGGAGUGAACUUUAGGGUUAAGGAAGGAUUUGAGCGAAGGUCGCAGUUAGAAGGGUUAAGAUUAAGGUCAGUAUUUGUGUGGUGAGGUUUAUGAGUGCUGAUAUUUGUGUUAGGAUUAGGGUUAAAGUGUGGGCAUCGGAAUAGGUAGUCUCCUGGAAUAUAGCGCGAGGGGGUCCUGUUAUGAUCCGGUCUGAUACUUUAAAUCACAUGAAUUGUAUGCGCACUUGGCUCUUGCCCCAACACCAACGCGGCAGAGAAGAAUAACACGACUAGCCGCGAAAAGUGUAUUAGGAAGCUGCAAGUCAUGUCUAAGUGGAAAGUAAUGCAUAUUAAUAACAUCCUACUGUGGUUCGUCUGAAUCCGGCCCAAUGCACUUCGAGUAGUAAAUUAUAGACGGGCUGAUCAAUAAUUCGGAUGAACGGAUCGACCAGGCUCGAAGGGAGAAGCCAAUGGCGAGGCGCCAGGAUCAUGCUGACAGCGCGCUCGAGAAAACGCACGUGGCCUCCAGUGAUUGGCUGACUCUUGUUUUGGGAGUGUAAACACCCCCCAUCAGGUCCGUACUCCUGUAUCCGACCCAUCAGUUUCUAGGGAAACUAAAAAGCUUGGAGAUAGCUGAGCCUCCAGAUGUCAUUUGCAUCAAAUUUGCCGCUUGCAGUCAAUCGCACGUCAACUUCAGGCUGCGGAGACCUGAGGCCUAAGAGUGUUUAUCUCUGACACCUGUGUACGAAUCCGCCGUCAGGUGACAGUGACAGUUGUUAUGUCACUGUAUGCCUAUCAAAAUUGGCAGACACCUCAUUCAUCUCAGAUAUCUGCAGAUGGUGCAACAAUGGCUUACGUGUCGCAAUUUCCUCCCAUGUGCGCGGUUAUUGAGCAGGCUAGCUCAUCGACACCGGUACCGGAAACAGUGACCCAUCCGCGAACUCCACGCGGGACUAACUACUUUGCCUAGACAAAGUCUCAGAACAGAAUACAGAGGGCAAAUGUAACUCCACUCCUUAGAUGACUGAGCCAAGCAGCUCGCGGCUCACGAAGUUGUCAACUCUUAGGAGAUCCUAUUGCAUUAUAAUCGGUCUACGUAGUUAGGGCAGCUGUACGUACGUGGUACCUGAGGCUGGCGGCUUAAAGUUCGGGCAACCCUAGAACCUGCAUUCAUCUCCAAGCAACUUUAUCUUGCCGUGUCAUUGUAGCACAUCUAAAGUGGAUCUUACCAAGAGACAGCAAUUUUUCAAAUAAUAUGCAAAAAAAGAACAUCGGUUUCGAAAUUAAACUCACUUUGGAAUUACGAGAGCCAAAAGGGUGAAACACACGUUCGCACAGUUGAGACCUUUAGCUGCAAGCAGGUUCGGACUCUGAUGCCCCUAAAGUAGUUCAUUUUUAGUCCCUUGAGAAUUUAAGGUUGCCUUCGAAUCUUUUAGUCAAAAUGUCUCACCUAUUUUUUCAGCCGUUUACUGCUCAACAGGAAGAAAAGAUCCGUGAGAUUCUGCGUCAAGAGCUGCCCAGGCACUGUCCGAGUCCGAUGCCAGUUCGGCAUUACUCAGCGGUGUCACGACCUAACGGACACUUCUACUAG